AUGAGAAUCACAACAUGGAAUGUCAGGGGUUUAUCGACCCCUGACAAGAGAUGCUUGGUCAAAAGAUCUUUGAUCAAGCUUGGGUCUGAUAUGGUUUUACUACAGGAAACAAAGUUGUGUGGCGAUAAGGUGCUUGAAUUCAUUAAGUAUUGUUUUAAAUGGGAAGGGUUGUUUCAAGAUGCUAGAGGUACCUCUGGGGGUCUUGGAAUUUUGUGGAAUUCAGAGGUCUUUGAGGUGGAUCCAAUUGCAUCCAACGAGUUUUGGAUGGCCUGUAACAUUAAGUGCAAAGUAGGAGGUAUUGGCUUCCCUCUGGUUAACAUUUAUGGUCCGGUUACAAUAGAUGAAAAACUGAGGGUAUGGUUGGAGAUCUAUGAUCAAUUGCAAGUUUUGGAGAAGCACAAAGUAAUCAUGGCUGGGGACUUCAAUACAAUUCUGGAUAUAGAUGAUAAAGAUGGAGGUCUUAGAAAGAGCACAAAAGUAAUGGAGGACUUCAGAGAAUUCAUAUCGAAAUGCCAAGUGAUGGAUGUUAUUCCCCAAAAUGGUAAGUUUACAUGGACUAAUAGAAGAUUCAAUUUCUCAAAAAAUUUUGAAAGAUUUGAUCGUUUCUUUGUGGGGGAAUGGUGGGUUAAUGGCAGUUUCUCCAUAGACACUAAUAUUAUUCCUCAAGUUGGUUUGAAACAUCUGCCAGUUAUGCUGUCCAUCAAUCAUGAAUCUCCCAAGAAUAGGUUUUAUUUUAAAUUUCAGAGCAUGUGGUGGAGGGAUCCUUCAUUCACAGAACUUCUAAGGAUUUGGUGGUUGGAAAGCAACACAUUUUUGGGUUCCCCUAGCUUUUGGUUUGUUAAAAGAUUGUAA